UAGACUUCGAUUUCAAGUUUACAACCUCACUAGAAUCAUGUCUGGACGUGGCAAAGGUGGUGGCAAGGUGAAGGGAAAGUCCAAGACCCGUUCGACUCGUGCUGGACUCCAGUUCCCCGUUGGACGUAUCCAUCGUCUAUUGCGUAAAGGCAACUACGCCGAACGAGUGGGUGCCGGUGCGCCUGUGUACUUGGCCGCCGUCAUGGAAUAUUUGGCCGCUGAGGUUCUUGAGUUGGCUGGCAACGCAGCUCGUGACAACAAGAAGACCAGAAUCAUCCCUCGUCAUCUCCAACUAGCCAUCCGCAAUGACGAAGAAUUAAACAAGCUGCUCUCUGGAGUUACCAUCGCUCAAGGUGGUGUCUUGCCCAAUAUCCAGGCUGUUCUUCUACCCAAGAAGACCGAGAAAAGCUCGUAAUCAU